AUACCACUUCCUUGAUUGGAGAUUGUAGCUGCUCCGAUAGGCUCCGAAGCCGAAUGAUUGAUACCUGAUGGCUUGAAGCGUUGCUCAAAAUGGCGGUUGGUGCCUGCGGUGGGUGGUGCUCAAACGCAACGAUCACUGGUAUUCUUUCUCCAGCUAGCCACUAGAUCUAGACUAGAAUCUAGGACUGCAUAGACAUUUAGAGCCUGCUCGACGGGAGCAUCGUUCAAAAUGGCGGACCCAACCUCACAAAUCCCGCCCGACGCCAAUCAUGACAAGACAAAACAAGCCUCCACCACGGAGCAGCCCGACAUCGAGACGGCAACCACCGAAAAGACCUAUUUUAGCAAACUGUCCGUCUGGCUCAUGAUCCUCUUCUCGGGCCUCGCCAUCGGGUCAGACGGCUACAACGCGGCGGUCAUCGGCAACGUCAACCUCAUCCUGGCCAUCCUCUACCCGAGCGCCCUCGGGCCCGAGAUCCGCCAGCGCCUGUCCAACGCCUUUCUCAUCGGCAUGAUCAUCGGCAUGCUGGUGUUUGGCGUCGUCGCCGACCAGCUGGGCCGCAAGACCGGCGCCGUCGCCACCACCAUCCUGCUGGUCGUCGGCAUCGCCAUGAGCGCCGGCGCGUCCGGCACCUCGGACACGGGCAUGUUCUGGAUGCUCAUCGUGGCGCGGGGCGUCGCGGGCGUCGGCGCAGGCGGCGAGUACCCCGUCGCGGGCGCCGGUGCCGCCGAAGCCACCGACGAGUCCGCCGCCCACCGCCGACACCGCGGCUUCAUGUUCGCCAUGCUGGCCGACCUCUCCGCGUCGCUGGGCUACGUCUGGGCCGGGCUCGUGCCGCUGCUGCUGCUGCUCAUCGUCGGCGAGCAGACCGUCGACGGCUACGUCGUGGUGUGGCGCGUCGCGUUUGCCCUCGGCGCCCUCCCGCCGCUGCUCAUCUUUUGGUUCCGGCUGCGCAUGGCCGUCUCGACGGCCUACCGGCGCAGCGCCAUGCGGAAACAGCGCACGCCCUACCUCCUCGCCCUGAAGCGGUACUGGAGGCCGCUCCUGGGCUGCUCGGGGACCUGGUUUCUGUACAACUGGAUCAGCAUCCCGUUUGGCAUCUUUAGCUCCACCAUCAUCUCGCGCGUCAACGCCGGGGAGAGCCUCGUCAAGACGCUCGGCUGGGGAGUCGUCAUCAACUGCUUCUACAUCCCCGGUCCGUUCCUGGGCGGCUACCUCUCCGACAAGAUCGGGCGGCGCCGCACCAUGGCGCUGGGGUUCACGCUGCAGGCUGUUUUGGGCUUCGUGCUGGGCGGCGCCAUCGGGCCCAUCCAGGACAUCUUUCCGCUGUUUGUGGUCAUGUACGGCGUGUUCCUGACGCUGGGGGAGGUCGGGCCCGGAAGCACAGUGGUCAUCGCCUCCACCGAGUGCUUCCCCACGUCCAUCAGGGGUCAGAUGAUGGGCAUGGUGGCGGCAUGGAGCAAGGUCGGGGCGGCUCUGGGCACGCAGGUCUUUACGGCGAUACUCAACGCGUACGUUGACGACCCAGCCAAGGGGAACCAGGCUGCGUUUCUGAUAGGGUCGGGGUUUGCCGUGGUGGGCGCGGCAGUUGCAUUGUUUGUCAUUCCCGAGGCGUCACGGAAUCUGGACGAUGACGACAGGGACUGGAAAAAGUACCUGAAUGACAACGGGUGGGAGGCUACCUGGGGCGAUGCUACCACACAGGAUCCUGCAGGUGUUGUGCUUGGAACGGCAAGGUCUUAGCUGCGGAGUGAGGUAUUGGUGGUUGAUUGUUGAUGAGUCGGCGUUUUUGGUGUGGUCGUUGGCUGUAUUUGCAGAUUCUGUGCGCAAAAUUUAAUCGAUAAUCUAUCCCACCUGUUCUACGCCGCGACACUGUGUAUCGGGG